AACGAGGAUAUCUACCUCAGAAACACGUAAUCAAAUUAUCAAGCAAAUUCCGACGUUUUCAAAAUUUUAAGACACCUAAGGACUUAGAUACUAUCGAUUACGAGUUUGGAGUCCUGAGAUCACGAACAAAAUGGAUAAAAACGAUAAUAAUUUCGGCUCGUAUGAAAACCAUUCUGCUAUUUAUCGCGAUGCCUUUAAAAGAUCUUUGGAAAAUCCCGAAGAAUUUUGGGCAGAGGUAGGAAAAUUGAUUAAUUGGUUCAAACCGUGGAACAAGGUCCUCGACAAUUUCAACGAACCUUUCACCAAAUGGUUCGUCGGAGGAGAGUUGAAUGCCUGCUACAAUGCUGUCGAUCGUCACGUUGACUCUGGCAACGGUGAGAAAACAGCCAUCAUUUAUGAUAGCCCACAAAUUUCGAUUAUCAGAAAAGUAACCUACAAUGAGCUGUUGGAGAAAACCUCGUUGCUGGCCAGCGCUUUAGCUGAUAUUGGAGUUAGUAAAGGCAAUAAAGUUAUCAUCUACAUGCCACUUAUACCAGAGACUAUAAUAACCAUUUCGGCCGUCGCCAGACUUGGUGCUAUCCACUCGGUUGUUUUUGGAGGAUUUGCUGCAAAAGAGCUGGCCAACAUGAUAAAUCACGCGAAACCAAAAGUGGUCGUCAUUGCCAGCUGCGGCUUGGAGCCUAACAAAAUUAUUACGUAUGCCAUGGUGAUGAAUGAUGCCUUGAAAGUAAUAUCUGUGAAAACACCGAAAUGCAUUAUCUUUCAAAGAAAAAAUAUCUGGACCUCUCCGCUCAGUCCCGAUCAAUAUGAUUGGAAGGAAAUUUUGAGUAAAGCCAAAGCCCAUUCUUGUGUUCCGGUCGAGGCUAACGAUCCUUUGUAUUGA